UAUGCAGGCAUUAGGUUUCUUAGUGCUCGGUGUAACCUUCGGAUAUUCAUUUGGGUUCUUCUUGGAUGAACAAAAGAAAGUUUGUUACGGAGACCUUGGUUGUUUUGCCAUUGAUGAUCCUUUCGACAACACCUUCGGAUAUCUUCCGGAAUCACCAGAGUCCAUACAAUUUAGUUUGACUCUUUUUACAAGAACUAACUCGAGGAUUGGUGUACGGAUAGGAUACAAUGACACUUCCUCCGUAUCUAGGUCCAGUUUUAACCCCAAUAAUCCAAUUAAAAUCAUCAUACAUGGAUACAUGAGCAACGCCAAUGAAGCAUGGGUUCAAAAUAUUUCAAAACUAUUUCUUAAAAAGGAAGACUGCAACGUUGUAACCGUUCAGUGGAGGAACGGAGCCAACAAGAUUUACCCCGCCUCUGCCGCCAAUACACGAGUGGUUGGAGCAGCUGUGGCGAAGUUCUUGGAAAUGGUUAGAGAUAAACAUGGAGCAAAAAUGGAGACCGUCCAUGUUAUCGGGCACAGUCUAGGGGCCCAAACUUCUGGUUAUAUAGGACAACGUACACCACAUCUGGGCAGAAUCACAGGACUAGACCCGGCAGGGCCAUUGUUUGAGCGCUAUGCUGAAGAGGUUCGGUUGGAUCCUAGCGACGCAAAAUUUGUUGACGUUAUUCAUUCUGAUGCACUUCCGAUCGAAGAUGCAGGAGUUGGAACAAGGAAGUCGUGUGGACACAUUGACUUUUUUCCUAAUGGCGGCGGUCAUCAACCAGGUUGCCCGCCACCGUAUAAAACCAGCUUGGAGGAGCUUUUAUCCUUACGAUUCACUGCCGCCUUUACAUCUAUCUCAUGCAGUCAUUCUCGAUCGUACUUUUAUUUUGCGGAGUCCCUCGUCAAAGAACCAAACUGUCAAUUCACUGCCUACCCCUGCGAUACCUACAACGAUUUUGUGAAGGGCACCUGCAACGUUUGUGGGGAUUCCCCUUGUCCUGUGAUGGGCAAUGAUGCCAUUAAAUCCAGCUCCAGGCGAGGCAAUUAUUACUUAAUAACGAACAGCCAAAAUCCAUUUUGCAAAAAUUCCUGAGGAAGACCAUGAAUUGAUUUACAAAAAACUUCUCCAAUAAAAUAUAUACGAAAGAAAACCCUUUAUCUUA